GUAAUCGGUGUUCUUCUUCCAGUCUAAUCUAGCUGAAAGACGUGAAGGGAACUUUUAAUUUUCCUUCCAUUUGCAUCUCGUGAAUCUUAAAUUUAGACAUCUUGAAGAAAGUCACGAAUUUAAAUAUGUUAUCAUCGAUUUGGAAAGACCAUCAGGCAAAGAUUUUGGAGCGUAAAGGAGCUCAAGAAAUGCUGCGACAGGACGCCUUGAAGGCUUCAAAUUGUCUAACUGAAGCUCUCGUCGACCAUCUCAAUGCUGGAGUCGCACAGGCUUACAUCAAUCAGAAAAAAUUGGAUGCGGAAGCGAAGAUGUUAUACGUCAAUGCUACGAAUUUCGCGAAGCAGGCAAAUACAUGGAUACAUCUUGUGGACAGUUUCAAUGCUUCUCUCAAAGAUCUUGGAGACGUUGACGCUUGGUCUAAAGCAAUAGAAUCGGACCUCAAACAGAUAUCCAGCACUUUGGAGUAUGCGUAUAAAGGCUCCCGGAAUUCUCUGGUUAGCUUGGAAGCCCGAACGUUGGAUGCUACCUCCUUUUUACGAAAAUGCGUCAUCGCGAAAUGGCGUGAUCUGAAGGAAGAAUUAUGGCAGGAGCUGAACGAGCAAAAUGCUGGUGCCGCGCUGAUAUUGAUCCCCAGGAAUGUGUCUGGUGUCGAUCAGUCUAGGGUUACGCAAAUUUUGGCGAUGGAGGAAUUUCUGCUGCGGGACGAAACUCAGAUGGCUGUUUAUUUCUCCUACGAAACUCCUGAACUGUUGGAGAUUUAUAGCAGUGUGAAAGCUGCGUCAUCCGUGAAUCAGGAAACCUCUGCGCUAAACGCCAUCGUCAACGCAAUAUACUCCAGUGGGUACCAGAUGCAAGCGGCAGCGUCUUCGGCGAAACCUGUGCCGGAUUCUCAGAUCGUCAGUAUAAUGGGAAAGAUGCCCGGAUAUGGAAUCGAGGAUCAAUUGCCAACGAUUGUGCUGAUAGCGCAUUACGAUUCGUUCGGAGUUGCCCCUGAACUUUCUUUUGGCGCAGAUUCCAAUGGCAGUGGAGUUGCAAUGUUGUUGGAGUUGAUGAGGCUGUUGUCGUUGCUUGGUCAGUCAUCUCGGGAACAACCGCGGGUGAACGUGCAAUUUUUGUUCUCUGGUGGCGGAAAGCUGAACUUCCAAGGCAGCCGCAGAUGGCUGGAGGAUCAGCUUGAAGGUCUUGAUGCGAGCUCAUUACAAGACUCCGAUUUUACACUAUGUCUGGACACCGUUGGAGGCAGUGAUGAAUUGUUCAUGCACGUUUCCAAGCCGCCGAAAGAUGGCAGCGCAUCUGCGGAAUUCUUCAAUAACAUGAAAGAUGUGGCAGCCAACUUGUAUCCGGAACUGAGUGUGAAACAGGUACACAAGAAAAUAAACCUCAACACUGAUUUUCUGGCGUGGGAACACGAGCGCUUUUCGAUUCGCCGUUUACCAGCUUUCACCGUAUCACACCUCGAGAAUCCGAGGAGCCCAUGGAGAAAAUCCAUUUUUGAUACUCUUGAUGGGCCGGGUAAUUUCGAUGUCGACAAGUUGGCCAGGAAUACUCGCGUGGUUGCCGAAGCUCUGGCGAGGCAUGUUUUCAAGCUUCAUCCCGGGGAGUACGUUUUUGCAGGGGAUCGACAAGUUGAGAAAAGCAGUUUAGAGGCAUGGGUUAAGCAGUUGGCUCGAAGUCCGAGGUCUCCGCAACUCCUGGCGGGGGCGAGGUCCAAAAACCAACAGUCCGUUGUUCUGUCUUUGGAAGAGAUUGUUGGAAGGUAUACCAGUGAAGUGAAAGUGAUCCAGACCAAGCCUGAUUCAAGAGACCCUGACUAUGUUCUAUAUGACGUGACGAAGACCGUGAUCACCGCUUAUAGUGUAAAACCGGCGCUUUUCGACUUAUUCCUCAGCGUGGGAAUUGCUGCUUAUCUAGGUGGAAUCUAUCUAGUCAUCAAGGAAGAACCAAAGCGUGAUUAUGAUAUAUUGAGAUACGAUUCGAGUAUUUCGAUGACCACGAUGAAUAACUUGAAGAGCUUCGUGAGCAAAAUAGCCGAGCGCGGUCGCGGCAGCUUGAUGUCCGACGCCUCGGAAGAAGAGGAUUUCAAUGAUGUUCCGAAAAUCAUCAACAGUGCCGAAGGUUUCAUUUGUCCAAUCUGUCAUCUGGAUUUGGGAUGCAUGGAAAAUCUGGAGACUCAUUUUACUACCGCUCAUACCGAUGAAGGCUUUGAAACUGUAACUUUGGAGCAACAACUGCGUGUUGAAAAGGAGACAGUGUCGAAGCUUCAAGCCGACAUCUGCAAUUUACAAGAAGAACUAAAUCUUGCGUUGGCGGCUGCCCAUGCUCCUACAUUAGCCUCUCCAGAUUUUCAAGAUGAUACCCAGGUUUUGCAGGAAGCCAGAGAGCAAAUCUCUGAAUUACAAGAGUCACUCUCUUGUCGAUUUGCGGAAAAGACUGAACUACUCGCCAAAUUGGAAGAACUUCGAAUCUCGCACGAAAACAAUGUAGAAAACUUGCGAAUGGAGUUGCUUUCUUCAGCAGAAAAGUUAGCUGUUCUCGAAGAACAGCUUGAAAUCCAAAAACAGUUGAAUCAUGUGAGCAUGAUGGAGAAAGACUCUGAAGGCCAAGAACUUCAGGAGGCCCAAGAACAAGUUCUGCAGCUCAGAAGUCAGCUUAAUAGUCAGUCGAAUGAUCUCAAGAAACGGCAAGAAGCGUUGGAGCGAAUGGAGACACGUGUCAAGGCUUUCCAGGAGGAGAAAGAAAAACUCGCCGAAGCUCUCAACCAGUGUAGCGUGAAAGAAAAACAACUGCUUGAGCGAUUGUCUCAGAAUGAAGACCGUUUUCUGAAGGCUGAUGCGAGGCAGGAGCGGUUACACAAAGCUAUUGAAAAUUUCCAGUCGGGUUUCAAAUGUUUUGUAACCGACGUGAACAAAAAAUUCAAGACUCUCGAAAGCAGUUCUUUGUUGUCUCUGCAUACAUUGGAAAAACGACUCGAUCACAUCAAUAAUGAAACCUAUUCCAAACUUUCGAGCCGAAAGAAUUUGUCAAGUGAACUCAAGGCGGUGUUUCUUGAACUGGAACGCACAAAAGCUUCCCUUUGCGAGGAAAGAGAAUCCGCUGCGGAAAUGAAGAACAUUUUUAUCGAUGAGCAAGCCCAACUCGGAGAAACGAUCGAGCAGAAAUCAGCCAAAAUCGCAGAGCUAGAACGAGACAUAAGUGUAAUUCAAGGUGCUCAUGCGUCGAGACACAAAUUGAUCCAGGAUGAUUUGGAUUCGACGCAGAAUGCUCUCGAAGAGGUGCGCGAGGAAUUGCAGCGAAUGAAGGAACAAUUGGUGGAUCGAGACAGAUUGGUGGAUACGUUACGCGAAGAGGUUGAGAAAACCGCGGCUGGAAAGGAUGCCGUCAUUUCUUCGCAAGCAGCUCAGUUGGAUGAAAGUGCCGGCAAACAAUUGGAACUGGAAGCGCUUCUUGGAGCCGAAGAGAAGGAGAAGUCGGCGAUUCUGGAGCGGUACACGACGAUCGAAAAUGAGUGCAUUACGUUGCAAAGUACAAACUCGGAUCUUGUACGAAGGCUGACUGAAGUGGAAGCUGGCUUGCAAGAGUUGGGACGGGAAAAUCAGACUCUUCAGUUGGAGCUGGCCAAGUUACAGAACCGUAAGUGGGCCGAUGAUACGGGUGUGGAAAAUUGCCCGGUGUGCAACAAACUUUUCACGUUAACAGUGCGACGCCAUCACUGUCGACAGUGCGGGGGAAUUUUCUGCAACGAUUGUUCUUCCAAAACGGCCACGUUGCCAUCUUCGAAAAAGCCCGUCAGGAGAGAUUCAUUCAUUGCCUUGAUCGUUUCAGAUUUUGGUGGAAAGAACAAGGACCCCAGUUUAACUAUUGAUUCGGAUUCAGCAGAAGACGGAUACACACAUAAGUUCUCGAAUUUUCCGGAAUCUGCGGGUGAUCAAGAUCGGUUGUUCGGCGAAAUGCCGUUUGAAGACUUGAACUUUCAUGCGUUGGUCGCUCGAUGUCGUCUGAAAAUGAAUGCGUUUCUCGCCGAGCAGCUCAUUGAAAAUGAUGGGGCGAAUCAAGCAGCACCUUCUUUCUGGUCCUUCAAGUAUUACCAGCAAUUCUUCGACGUGGAGACCGACCGAGUCAAAACGCGAUUGAUUUACUCAAUGAUGCCGAAGCUUGGACAAAGCUACCUGGAGUAUCACGUACGACCGAAGCCUGAUCUCUAUGGCCCGUUCUGGGUUUGUGUCACGCUGGUGUUCUGCAUCGCAAUUUCUGGAAACAUUUCAAAUUAUUUGCAAACCGCCAGUAUCGGGAAGGAAUACGUGUGGAAGUACGAUUUCCACAAAGUGAGCUACGCGGCGACGGCAGUGUUCUUCUAUGUUUGGAUUUUGCCAGUAUUCCUCUACUUGGCAUUCGCCUGGAAGAAAAGCACUGGGAUCACAUUCCUCGAAAUUCUGUGUCUGUAUGGAUACUCAUUGUUCAUCUAUAUCCCGAUUUCCGUGAGUGUUUACUUCUUUCUAGUUCUUGUUGUCCGUAAACCGAGGUAA